CUGAAAAAGUUGGAUGAAGAUAGUUUAACUAAACAACCAGAAGAAGUGUUUGAUGUCUUAGAGAAACUUGGAGAAGGUUGGAAAAAUACUCUAUGGAAUCAAGCAAGAAAUCCAGCAGAGAAGGGAAGUAAAAGUUGACACCAUCUGCGCUGCUUAAAGACAAGUGCAAGAUUAGACUGAAGACAGCAUGCUGACUUGACAUCAUUAAAGAUCAGUGGAUAUCUUCAUCUACGGAAAUUUCCCUAUGAAGAUAUGACCAGGGAGAAAACAACGCUUCAGAUCUUUCUUCCCAUGUUAUCGCCACAUUGUUCUUUUAAAAGAUACCACAGAUGCUUAGAUUUCUGUCAUCAUGGCUGAAUGAACCUGAACAAACCUCAUUUAACUAGCAGAAUCCUGGAGGAAGACCUUAACUGCACUUACUUUCUAAACACAAACUUCUUCAGUCAUUCUGCAUUUUAAGGAAAUUGUGUGGAUCUGUGGAACAGUGGAGCCAAAGCUCCAGACCAGGAUGAUUGGACAGCACUUGGAAAGUGUUUAGAAUUAGGGCCUAGUAUCUUUUCUCUUCUAUUCUACUUAAAGUUUUACACAUUGAAGACUCAUUUAAAUUUUUAUUGUAGGAUGAUAACAAAAAUCUCUUGCCCAUGGUUUCAUAACUGGAGAGUGGUAAUGUUAAGACUAGCACCUAGAAAAUUUGCCCUCAGAUACUGUAUUAUUUCUGUUUUUCUACAUUGAUUCUCGCCUUGCAUGGCCUGUGGGAAACACCUACUUCCCUAUCAUCUUUGCUCUCUGCCAGUUAACAUUCAUUGAGUCACUUAGUUUUUAUUGUAGGGAAUUAGGUCUUCAGGGACUUGCCUGUAAGUGAACACAAUUACUAAAACCUAAAUCCUUCAUCGAUUACUGUAAGCACAGUACGUGGAAUCAUGAAUCAUGCUCAUAUGAGCUCUCGGAGUUUUCUUUGCUGUCAGGAUAGUAUAAGGAGGCAUGGAGAGUGUUCUGGUCAAGAUUGUUGAGUGAGUACAUGUAGAGACCUCUCCUUUCCAUUUCAAAUACAUAAGACUAAUGAAUGAAAAUUAAUUUUUUAAAUGUAAGGCUACAUAGCCAGCUGUGGACCAGAGAUAGAAAAGUUAUGUAUUAUAGUAAGAUGAGAGUAAAAUAUGCCUGUCCUUGUCAGGAGAUUGCAGGCGGGCUUCCUACGUGAAGUCAUGGGCUAGAACAAGGUUCUCCAUCUACGAACUAAAGCUGAAAUAAAUUUGCCUGAUCAUCACAAGGAAGUAUCAUGUAACUGGGGCCUGGGAAAAAAGGAGAAGUGCUGGUCUGACAGUAGGAACUGGGCCUGGACUGCAUUCAGGUAUUUUAUCUUGAGGGGCAAAACCCCUAAACUCCUCAUAAGAGAUCUGGUUUAAAUUGUACAGCAUGGAAGACUGGGCUGAGGGAACCAUGAAACCAUUGUGAUGCCAUGGAAUGCUCUUGACAGUGAGCAUUAUGUAAAGGAAAAUCAUUCAAGAUAAAAAGAAACCUAUACAAGGAAAUCUGUCAUAAGAUAAUCAGCAGACCUAACAAAUGGGAAAAUUCACACCCAAGGAAGUAGAAAUAAUGGAGCAGUCUGAAAAGGAAUUUGACAUUUGUGUUUAUCAUUUUCAAAAAGAUAAAAGGAGGGAAUAACAUCCUUAAAAGAAGAACAUGAGAUUAUUAAUAUUAACACUUAGCCCCAUGAAAAAUAAAAAGUUGGGAAUCUUGACAAUGGAAACUACAAUUAUUGAAGUUCUAAAAGCUGGAUAAAUAGAUAAACAGUAAAGUAGAUAAGCCGAGAAGAGAAUUUGUGAAUUGAAAGAUAGAAAUGAGACCAAUCACAAAAUAAAGGACAGAGAAAUUGGUAUUGGAAACCAGGAAAACAACAUGGAUUGGGGAGGUUCAAUAAAGGUCCAAUAGGAAUUCUAGAAGGAGAUAUUAGAAAAGAUAGAGAUAAAGAGAUAAUAAUGCUAAGGAUUUUCCAGACUUGAAGACAUGUGCCUUCAGAUCGAAGAUGUUUAUGAAGUGCCAAGUAAAUCAACUCCUUGUUAAAUUAUAGUAAAGUAGAAUGUUAAGGAUAAAAUGGAAAUUUUAAAAGCUGCAAAAAGAGAUUACCUAUGAAAAAUGAUAAUCUGAUGAUAGCUUACAUUUGAGCAACAAUAGAAGCUGGAAAACUGCAGAAAAAAAUGCUAGGGAACGUUUUUGUCAAAGAAGAAUUCUACGUCCAGCAAAAUUCAUUCAAGAAUGAAGGUGAAAUAAAGACAUUUUCACACACAUGGGAGUAUAUCAGGAAUAACUGGAUGAAAGUCACAUAAUACCCAACUAAUGGUGACUAACCAAUAUGGGCAUUUAAUGACUAAUAAUAAAUAUGGGGCGAGAGACUCCAGAUGGUUAAAUGGCUUGAUAAUGGUUUAGCAUUUAUGUUAUUCUCAUAGUCUCAAGAUGGCUGCAUUAGUUUCAAGCAUCAUGCCUCACAUGAUAGUAACCGAAAGAGGAAAGGAAAUGGCAGGUCCUAUGGCAGCGUAUACAAAGCUAUUCAUAAAGAGACGGGUCAGAUUGUGGCCAUUAAGCAAGUUCCUGUGGAAUCCGACCUGCAGGAGAUAAUCAAAGAGAUCUCUAUAAUGCAGCAAUGUGACAGCCCUCAUGUAGUCAAAUAUUAUGGCAGUUAUUUUAAGAACACAGACUUGUGGAUUGUAAUGGAGUACUGCGGGGCUGGUUCAGUGUCUGAUAUCAUUCGAUUACGAAAUAAAACGUUAACAGAAGAUGAAAUAGCUACAAUAUUACAAUCAACGCUUAAGGGACUGGAAUACCUUCAUUUUAUGAGGAAAAUACACCGAGAUAUCAAGGCAGGAAAUAUUUUGCUAAAUACGGAAGGACAUGCAAAACUUGCAGAUUUUGGGGUAGCAGGUCAACUUACAGAUACCAUGGCCAAGCGAAAUACAGUGAUAGGAACACCGUUUUGGAUGGCUCCAGAAGUGAUUCAGGAAAUUGGGUACAACUGUGUGGCAGACAUCUGGUCAUUGGGAAUAACUGCCAUAGAAAUGGCUGAAGGAAAGCCCCCAUAUGCUGAUAUCCAUCCAAUGAGGGCAAUCUUCAUGAUUCCUACCAACCCUCCUCCCACAUUUCGAAAGCCAGAACUGUGGUCAGAUAACUUCAUGGAUUUUGUGAAGCAGUGUCUUGUAAAGAGCCCUGAGCAGAGAGCCACAGCCACUCAACUCCUACAGCACCCAUUUGUCAAGAGUGCCAAAGGAGUGUCGAUACUGCGGGACUUAAUUAAUGAAGCCAUGGACGUGAAACUGAAACGCCAGGAAGCCCAGCAGCGGGAGGUGGACCAGGAUGAUGAAGAAAACUCAGAGGAGGAUGAAAUGGAUUCUGGCACGAUGGUUCGAGCAGCAGGUGAUGAGAUGGGCACUGUCCGAGUAGCCAGCACCAUGAGUGAUGGAGCCAAUACUAUGAUUGAGCACGAUGACACAUUGCCAUCACAGCUGGGCACCAUGGUGAUCAAUGCAGAGGAUGAGGAAGAGGAAGGGACUAUGAAAAGAAGGGAUGAGACCAUGCAGCCUGCAAAACCAUCUUUCCUUGAAUAUUUUGAACAAAAAGAAAAGGAAAACCAGAUCAACAGCUUUGGCAAGAGUGUACCUGGCCCACUGAAGAGCUCUUCAGAUUGGAAAGUCCCACAGGAUGGAGACUAUGAGUUCCUUAAGAGUUGGACAGUGGAGGACCUUCAGAAGAGGCUCCUGGCCCUCGACCCCAUGAUGGAGCAGGAGAUCGAAGAGAUCCGGCAGAAGUACCAGUCCAAGCGGCAGCCGAUCCUGGAUGCCAUCGAGGCUAAGAAGCGGCGGCAGCAAAACUUCUGAGCCAGGCCGGGCGGGGCGCCCGCUCGCACACGGCCCCCGGGGGGCUCGGGGCCGCUCGCCGCUCAAGCUUGUUAGCCAGCACUUCUGCGCCGUGUUUCUCCACAGCACCCUCGCCAGCUCAGGAACGCGCGCCCGUGGGAAGAGCUGCCUCGACAGUCAGCGUGCCGUCGUGAUGUGUGUGUCCAAACUGGUCAGGUUUAUUACGUCAAAGGAUUUACAUUGGCUCCUUUAAACUCAGAGUUUUAAACCCCAGGAACAGAGACUCCUAGUCGAGUGAUAGCUGGGAAAGUUUGACACGGUCUUUUGUUUCUCUUCUCCCGAUAGCUUUCAAUUGUUCUUUCUGGAAGACUUUUUAAAAAUAUAUAAAUAUGCAUAUAUAUAUAUAAAUUAUAACUAGAUCGCCCUGCCACUCAGUGUGGUGGCAUCUCUGUACAGGUACAGUUCUAAACAGUUUGCCUCUUUUCUUUAAGACUACGGUACCACGGAACACAAAGGCAGAGGACACGGGGGCUCUGGGGUCACCCGACUCCAGGGGCCAACCUCACCCUUCUGCAGGGCUGCAUUUAAAAAUUACAUUCAGGCCAGUUCUCACCAUAGUUCCGGCCUCGCGUGGGUCAUCCCCGGUUUCUGGAGCUAUUGGUGACGUCCAAGGGAAAGCCUUGAGUUGUGUGUACUUCUCCAGUCCCAGGAGAAGCCCGGCGCCCUCUUUGCAAAUCGGCCUUUGCGGUUUCAGCGCCUUUCAUUCACCUCCACUCUCCCAACUGCCUAAAGUCACAGCACAGAUACUGCCCAGUGCCUUAAGAGGCGGAGACGUGACCCAGUGAGGGGACAGGCCUGCCAGGAGCUCUCAGCUGUGUUCAGUCCACAGACGGGAAAGGGUUCUCGAAGUUCUCGCUGUUCAUGUGAAGAUCACACGUGUGGCAUUUCGCUCCACAUUCCUUACAGAUGGGUGGAGGGCAUUGAUUUUUGUGAUCCACAUUCAAAUAUGUGACCGUUUUCUUUUUUUUAUUUUACUGCUAAGGGGUCUGGAAAGGAUAAGUGAAUGUCAGACUCAGAUUUGUUCUCCAGGAGGCUCAACCCAGACACGUGGAAUGCCAGAGCUGGAAGGGACCCUAGACGUCAUCUGGCCUGACUGAGGCUUGGGGAGGGCAGGUGACGCGGCCAGAAUCGCAAAGCAGGUUAAAGUAGGCGCUGAGACUAGACCUCGGGGCUCCUCACUCCUGGUUCACUGAGCCAAGCAGCCCCUUCACCGAGGAAGAAACUUGUGUCCAUUUUGGUUAAAUUGUUCCAGGGAAGCCUGCUAACAGAAGCUUGCUCUUGCUUUGUCUCUUCAGUGGGUGACUGCCUAUAAGAUCAUUCCAUUUCAGCCAUUCCUUGGCCCCUGCAGCAUCUGCCAGAUAGCAGCAAGCUUUAUGCUGUCAGAUUUAGGGCCAAAAGCAGAUCAGGGGGUGUGCAAAAGACAGCACUGAGCUUUUCUGCAGUGUUGGCUCAAGGCCACAUGUCAGUCAGUCACACAGCAAAGAGGAGAUAGUUGGGAAAGCAAAUAUGUUUUUAUUUUCAAGUCUCUCUUCCUCUCAGAUAGGGGACUAUGACUGGGUGGCACCUCAGGAUACUAUCAUUUGACUCCAUAAUUGCUUUUGCUUCCGCAACCUGGGAAUCAAUGGAAAGGCAAGGAAUGUUUCUCUUCUGUGGCUAGAUUCUAUUCUUUGCAAUUAAAACAAAUUUUUAAAAAUGCAAGAGGCAGUAGUUGGUCUGUAGGCCGGUUAAGCAGCUAUGUGGCAAACACAGAGAAUAGAGGACAGUUUGAGGAUCCCACUAGAAUAAUAAAUGGCAGCUAGCACUCGUUGACCACUUAACGAUAUGCCAGGCACUGAGCUAGGUGGGUUCUUUCUGUGUGUCAGCUCUAAACUCCAUAAUAACUCUGUGAGUUAAGUACUCUAUUUCCAUUUCAUAGAUGAAGAAACAGGGUUGGGGGUGGGGGGGGCGCGGAGUUCCUUCCCAAGGCAGUAAAGCUAGUAAGAGGUAGAAUCAGGAUUCACAGCAUCACCACAUGGGACCAGUGUUUACAGGGGAAAGGAAAGUCACAGGUCUUUUUAAAAUGAAGUGACCACCUAUUUUUGCACAGACAAAGUAACUUCUAAUGGGCACGAAUCUUGAGCUUACUUUGUUUGAAGCAUGUGUGCACCCAGCAUGCUGGUCCAACAAGGUACAUUGCUCUCCAGUCUAGCUAGACAGAGUUCUUUGCCAGAAAUUAAUUCCUUUUGGAUCAGAUAAAUUUCCUGACAAGGCGAAUUUGUUUUCUAGCGACAGGAAGACAGAGGAGCAAAUCCUAGUCAUUUUUUCCCAUAAAUAUUAAAUUCUAGAUAGAUCGGUGUGCUUUCAUUUAGCCCUGAGUGACAGUCAUUGCUUGAGCAUUUGUGACUCAAGCUUCCAGGGAAUUCUUAGCCCCUCACUUGUUCUCUCCUUCUAAGAAAGAACGACCCACAUCUAAUUGUAUCUUUAAAAAACUUCAUUUCUCUUAAGAAUAUCUCAGUUGCUUCCUCAUCAUUAAUUUUGAAGCAAAUUUCUAUUUUUCUUUUUCCACUGUCCCUUCUCCCAACCAAUUGGAUUAAUGGAUGAACAUUUGGCUGGAUAGAUAGAUAGACAGGUAGAUGAUAGACAGACAGACAAAUAGAUGAUAGAUGAUGAUUGGUAGAUGAUGAUUGAUGAUGCUGAGAGAGAGAGAGAGAGAUAGGGACAGAAUCAAUAACUGAAGCAACUUAAGCACUAUAGCCUUAACUCCUUGAGACUUUCUGAUCCAGGAAACAUUUAUUUAGCACCUACCAGAUGCCAGAAAUUUAUUACACCAUUCAAAUCUCAAUAGCUCUUACCAAUAUCAGGAACAAGAAAGGUGACAUCAUUAUAGGUCCUAUACAGAUAUUAAAAGGCUAAUAACAAUACUAUGAACAAUUUUAUGCAAAUUCAACAAUUUAAAUGAAAUGGACAAUUUCUUGUAAAGAUAUAAAGUACUAAACUCAAGAAGAAAUAGAUAAUCUGAAUAGCCCUAUAUUUAUUAAAACGUAAUAGCUCUGGGAAAUAUUACUGUCAUUUUACAGAUAAGGAAACAGAGGCUCAGCAAAAUAAAGUCAGUUGCUCAAAGUCACGUAGGUAGAAUGUGGCAGAGCCAGGAUUCAAAUCCAGUUCCGAUUCUUACUCCAGGGCCCUUUCUAGCAUACCAUGUUGCCUCCAAAGAUUGCAGCUCCUUACUGAGUGGAAAAUGCUCCUGCCCAGUCCACACCCCCUGCCCCAUCCUUUCUGAAGCGCCGUGUUUGUGUUUUCAUCAGGAUUAUACUCAUUGUCUUUGGAACCCAUGUUCUUAUUUGUGUUUGGGGAAAGUAAAAUCCUCUUUCACCAGCUUGCACUCAGACCAACUUGGGAAAAAAAAGCAUAAAUGCUGUUGCAGAUGUACAACUUAAAAAUGUGAAGUUUGUAGCUUUAACUUUUUUGUAACAAAAACUAGUAACACUGGCUUAAGUGCUGACUUGAAAUGCUAUUUUAUAAGAUUUGGCUGUAAAUAAUCAGUCGAAGUCAGCAGUUUGUAUAUGUAUGAAACAUAAAUACCUUCCUUUAUUGCCUUUUUUUAAAAAAUUUGAGAUGCUUCCUAUGUGUUUUUACGUUGGAAUUGUUCUCCCUCCUUCCUUCUUCCUACACCUUGUCACCUUUGUUUUAAAUAAACUGCCCUUCAGCCCACAAAUUA